UCCAGUCAGAUUGAAGGAAGCAACAUUCAAAAAGAACGGCAUCGUUUCAGCAGCUGUUGUCAUUUUAAGCAGCGUUUUAGGGAACUAGUGUUAAAGUUUUUGCUGUGUUUAACCCUCAGCUUUUAGAAAGAUGACGGAGGAGUCUGCGGUGAAGGUUUGCGUUCGGGUUCGUCCGCUUGUCGAGAGGGAGGAGAACGCCGCCGCAGCGACGGGAGAACCCGUCCAGCUCUUCUGGAGAGCUGACUCCAAGUCCAUCCAUCCCAUCGACGACGCCGGAAACACCGGGAAAAGCUUCAGCUUCGACCGGGUGUUCACCGCGGAGGAGCGAACCGAUCAGCUGUACCGGGACAUCGCCAAGCCCCUGGUCGUGUCCACCGUGGGGGGAUACAAUGGAACCAUAUUCGCAUACGGUCAGACCUGUUCCGGUAAGACCUUCACCAUGAUGGGCAGCGACCAUGCUCCAGGAGUCAUUCCUCUGGCCAUGGAGGAUGUUUUCCAGACCAUCACGACCUUUCCAAACAAAGAGUUUCUUCUCAGGGUGUCCUACAUGGAAAUCUACAACGAGACGGUCACCGAUCUGCUGGUGGACCGUUGGAAAAGGAAACCCCUGGAAGUGAGAGAAGGCAUGAACAAAAGCGUGUAUGUGGCGGACCUGACUGAGGAGGUGGUUACGUCUUCUGCACAGGUCCUGGCCUGGAUCCGGAAGGGAGAGAAAAACCGUCGAUAUGGGAAGACGAAGAUGAACCAGAGGAGCAGCCGCUCGCACACCAUAUUUCGGAUGAUUCUGGAGAGCCGUGAACGGAGCGACCCGGCAUCGAGUGAAGGCGCCGACGGAGCCAUCAUUGUGUCGAACUUGAAUCUGGUGGAUCUAGCUGGAUCUGAGAGGGCCAGCCAAACCGGGGCUGAAGGUGAACGGCUGAAAGAAGGCUGCAACAUCAACCGCAGCUUGUUCACACUCAGCCAGGUGAUCAAGAAGCUGACCGAUGAAAGCCAAACUGGUUACAUAAACUACAGAGACAGCAAGCUGACCCGCAUCCUACAAAACUCCUUAGGAGGAAAUGCCAAAACCGUGAUCGUCUGCACAGUCACACCUGCCAGUCUGGAUGAGACUCUUAGCACGCUGCAGUUUGCCUGCACAGCAAAAAAGAUGAAGAACGACCCUCAUGUGACUGAGGUGUCGGAUGACGGCGCUCUGCUCAAACGCUAUCGCAAUGAGAUCGUGGACCUAAAGCGACGACUCCACGAGGUUUCUUCAGUCACGCAGACCACUGCCACUGAGAAGGAGGUGCUCUCUCAGCUGCUCCAAGAGAAGGAUCAGCUGCAGAGGGAGCAGGAAGACCGCAUCCGGAACCUGACCAAGCUGCUGGUCACCGGCCCCAACCUGGUUCCUGUUCACAAGAUCCCCAAGCGCAGGGUCACAUGGGGGGGGAAGAUGCUCCGGCUCAGCCAGCCUUCUGCCUCAGAGAGCGCCAUGUCAGACCAGAGCUUGGCAGAACCCUUCAGCCACAGGAGGAAAAGAAAGCAACAACUUCUGAACGACGUGAACGAAGAUGAGGAGUUCUUUGACCCUAACUGGGGGAUUCCUGAGGAGCCGUCUGACGACAUGGAGUACAGUCAGACCUCCAUGUCCGUCUGGAGCUUUGGUGACAGUCCCAAGGAGCAUGUGUCUCCUGGUCGGAUAUGUGAGCUUUCAGAAGAGGUGUCCAGCCUAAAGCAGCAGCUGGAGGCAGAGAGUCGGCAGAGAGGGGAGGACAUGAAGACGGUGGAAGUUUCAAAGAGCAGGGUGGCAGAUCUGGAGCUGCAGCUGCAGACAGAAGCUCAGCAGAAGACAGAAGCUCUGGAGAAGAUGCAGACGGCUGAACAGAAGGUUUCAGAUCUGGAGCUGCAGCUGCAGACUGAAGCUCAGCAGAAGAUGGAAGCUCUGCAGAAGAUGCAGACGGCUGAACAGAAGGUUUCAGAUCUGGAGCUGCAGCUGCAGACUGAAGCUCAGCAGAAGAUGGAAGCUCUGCAGAAGAUGCAGACGGCUGAACAGAAGGUUUCAGAUCUGGAGCUGCAGCUGCAGACUGAAGCUCAGCAGAAGAUGGAAGCUCUGCAGAAGAUGCAGACGGCUGAACAGAAGGUUUCAGAUCUGGAGCUGCAGCUGCAGACUGAAGCUCAGCAGAAGAUGGAAGCUCUGCAGAAGAUGCAGACGGCUGAACAGAAGGUUUCAGAUCUGGAGCUGCAGCUGCAGACUGAAGCUCAGCAGAAGAUGGAAGCUCUGGAAAAGAUGCAGACGGCUGAACAGAAGGUUUCAGAUCUGGAGCUGCAGCUGCAGACUGACGCUCAGCAGAAGAUGGAAGCUCUGGAAAAGAUGCAGACGGCUGAACAGAAGGUUUCAGAUCUGGAGCUGCAGCUGCAGACUGAAGCUCAGCAGAAGAUGGAAAGCACGGAACGGCUGCAGUUGAGAGUUGCAGAGCUGGAGCUGCAGCUGGAGGAGCAGAGCAGCUCUGAUGCUUAUGAUCAUAUGAAAAGAGAGUUUGCAGAAGCCAUCCAGCUUUGUGACACUCUAACCUCAGAUAAGGACCUGAUAGCUGCUGAGAGAGACUCCCUGAAGCAGGAGCUGAGCAUGUUCAUGGAUCAGAUGAAACAUCUGGAGCGAGAAAAGGCUGCUUUGUCCAAAGAACUGAAGGAGAUGAGAGACUUGGAAGAGUUCAAUACUCUGGAGGAUGGCUUCAGGAAGGAGCAGGAGAACGAGUUCAGAAAUCAAAUUUCUGUCCUUGAAAAGGCCUUGGAAUCUGCUGAACUUCAGCGUGUAGAGCUUCAGAACAAACUUCAAACUGUUUCUGAAGAGCUCAGAAGGAAAAGUGAAUAUGCAGAAGAGCUCCAGAAUCUGAGCGGCAAAAGUCUGGUUCAGGAGGUGGCGGAGCUCCGGCGCUCUCUGGACGACGCCGAGGGGCUCAGCAGAGACACCAAGAAGGAGUGGGCUGUCCUCCGCAGUCAGAACAUCUCUCUGCUGGAGCUGAAUGCGAGUCUGUCCAGCAGCCAGGAGAAGAUGGAAGCUGAGCUGAGGACUCUGCGUCUGCAGCUGGAGAAGGAGAAGUCGCGGAACAGGAAGAUGCAGAGCGACCUCCAGAAAGAGCUGAACGUGGCCUUUGAUGAAAAUACCAAGCUCACCUCUCUGCUGGAUGGCAAAGUCCCCAAAGAUCUCAUUGACAGCCUGGAGCUGGAGAGAAGAUCGGCUGCCACCAUAAAGGAGCUGAUGGCGGCUCGCCAAGUAGAGGAGGCUCUGAAGGCUCAGCUGGAGGAACUCCAGGCUCUUCCAGAUAAAGUGGACAGCUUGAUGAAGCAGCUGGAGGGUUUGUCGGAGAAGCUUCGAGGCGUCCAAGCCGAGCGGGACGGCCUGCAGUCGGCCCAAGCUCAGAGUCAGCUGGAGGAGCAGCAGCUCAGAGAAGCUCUGCAGAGCCGUGAGGAGGAGCUGCAGAGGAUCCAGGCGUCCCUGAGCUCCCACCAGCAGAACUGGGAGGCUGAGAGGAUUCAGCUCCUGGCUUCUCUGGAGGACUUGGAAGAAAAGGCCGCUGAGACUCAGGUUCUCCUGGAGUCUCUUGAAAACCAGCUUCAGGAUGAGAAGCAGAGGAACUGGGAUCUGCAGGAGGAGAUGCUGAGGGUGUCUCAGGAGCUCCAGGUGGGCGGCGCUCAGAGCACGGCGUUGGAGGUGGAGCGGCUGCUCUCAGACGUCGCCGCUGUGACGGAGGAGAGGGACCAGCUGAAGGAGGACAUGAAGGAGAACGUGGAUAUGAUGAUCGAGACUCAGGCGGAGCUCAGGGCGGCGCUGGAGAACAACCGCGAGCAGAAAAAGAAGAUCAAACUCCUGGAAGCUGCUCAGGCAGCAAAGGUGGAGAGUUCCCAGCUGGAGGAGCUUCAGACUAAGGUGAGCAGCCUGAGCCAGGAGCUCACCAGCCUGCAGCUGGAGAGGGACCGUCUGCAGUCCGAGCAGACGUCCUCGUCUGCGCAGGAGGAGCAGCUGCUGCGUAGUGUGACGGCGCUCACAGAGGAAAGGGAUCAGCUGCAGGAGAUCCUGGAGGGAGUCAGAGAGGAGAAGAGGCGGCUGAGGGAAGAGCUGGAGGAACAGAUGGAGAUGGCAGUUGAGGCUCAAGGCCUCCUCCAUUCGGUUCAGCAGCAGCUGCAGGAGCAGAUGCAGAGUCUCCAUGUCCUUCACACCACCAGAGAAGAGGAGCAGAGUCUCUUGAAGCAGCAGCUUUCAGAGACAACGGCUCUCCUUCAGUCUGUUCAGGAGGAGCUGAAGGAGCAGCAGCAAACAAAAUUGAAACAAAUGAGAGAGUUUGAGCAGAGAGAGUCAGAUUUGAAACAUCAGCUCCUGUUUCUGACAGAGGAGCUUGAAAAAGCAGAGAAAAAUAAUCUAACCCAACAAGGGGAAGAUGGAGAUCAGAGAUCCUCAAAGGAGGAGGAGGAGCUGCUGCUCAGAGUGACGGUGCUCAGGGAGGAAAGGGAUCAGCUUCAGCAGGAGCUCAGAGAGGAGAAACGGCUAAAAGGAGAGCUGGAGGGAAGGAUGGAAAUGCUGCAGGCAGAGAUUUCGGGGUUGAAAGAGAGUUUGCAGACUAUUGGGGAGCAGAGGAGGCAGCUGGAGGAGGAUCUGCAGCACAGCAUGGAUUUGGUAUCUUCAGGUGAAGCUCUCCUUCAGUCUGUUCAGGAGGAGCUGAAGGAGCAGCAGCAAACAAAAGUGGACCAAAUGAGAGAGUUUGAGCAGAGAGAGUCAGAUUUGAAACUUCAGCUCAUGCUUCUGACAGAGGAGCUUGAAAAAGCAGAGAAAAUCAAUCUGAGCUAUCAAGGGGAAGAUGGAGAUCAGAGAUCCUCAAAGGAGGAGGAGGAGCUGCUGCUCAGAGUGACGGUGCUCAGGGAGGAAAGGGAUCAGCUUCAGCAGGAGCUCAGAGAGGAGAAACGGCUAAAAGGAGAGCUGGAGGGAAGGAUGGAAAUGCUGCAGGCAGAGAUUUCGGGGUUGAAAGAGAGUUUGCAGACUAUUGGGGAGCAGAGGAGGCAGCUGGAGGAGGAUCUGCAGCACAGCAUGGAUUUGGUAUCUUCAGGUGAAGCUCUCCUUCAGUCUGUUCAGGAGGAGCUGAAGGAGCAGAAGAACAUCUACUCUGAUCUGCAGGAACUGCUCCAGGAGAAGGAGAGCUCCUUCAUGCACCAGAUGCUGGAGCUGUCAGGACGGCUGGAGAGUGCUGAAGCUGAGUGGAGGUCCCUGCUGUGUGGGAGCCAGAAGCUCACGGAGGAGAAGGAGGAGCUGCUGCGCAGCGUGACGUCUCUGAAGGAGGACAAUCAGCGGCUGGGAGCUCAGAUGAGGGAUCUGCAGCAAGAACUGAUCCAACAGGAGCAGCUGGAGAUGCAGCGGACCUCCGAGCGAGAGGAGGACAGCCGGCAGCACCGAGAGCUGCUGAUUGAAGCGAACAGAAACCUCUCCGCCCUCAAACAGCAGCUGCUCACUCUGGAACAGAAGAGCAGAGAAAAGGAGGAGGAGAAGCAGGAGGUGUUGCCGUCUCGUCUGCAGGAGUCCAACCGUCUCCUUCAGGAGUCUUUUGGGAAACUGCAGGAGCUUAUUGACUCCUGCAGAGAGCACUUCUCCGUCCCUCUGGACCCGGCUCUCGGGGCUCAGUGUUCCCUCAUCCACCCCUACAUGGACUCUCUUCCAAAAGCCAGUGUGGACGUGUACAGGUCCGUGCAGUGGCAGGGGCGGCAGACCGUUCUGAGGUUGCAGAGCGUUCAGAGGCAGCUCCAAGCGCGCGCGAUCUCCAGCAAGAGACUGCUGGAGGUGCUGGUGAAGAAGGAGGAAGCCGUGUUUGAGGAGCGGCGCCUGCAGGACCUGCUGCUGUGCAGAACGCAGGCUCCUGACUGCGACCUGCAGGCUCUGUGGGAGCGCAGACGUGGCGAGCUGCUGGACAGACGGCAGCUUCACCAGCAGGAAAUGGAGAACAUCUUGGAGAGGUUCUGGGCCCACAUGGAAUCCCACAUGUUGGAGCUGAGAGCUGAGAUUGCAGCGAGGGAGAAGUUCAGGGAGCAGCUGCAGGCCGCCGUCACCAGGCAGCCCAUCGUGCUCAGCGAGCUGGACGGCGGCCUGCAGUGCGAGUUGGAACGUCGGUCUGCUGCAGCAACAUACAGCGCUGCAGCUCUGGAGUUCGUGGAAGGGGAGAAGGUUCGGUUCGAUGAACUGAAGCGGCAGGCCGCCCAAACAGAAUCUCUCCUCAGAGAGGAGAAGAGCAAGACGUGCACUCUGCUGCAGGCUCUAGAGGGCGCUCCUCUGAAGACAGAAGUCUCUCUUCUCAAAGACAACCAGGAGCUCUAUCUGCAGCUCCAAGAGGCCCAAGAAAACAUCAAAGCUCUGCGGGUACAGAUGGAGCAGCUACAGGAGGCGCAGGCGUGCGCCCACAGCCGCUUAUCCAGCCACAAAGAGGCCACCCAGCUGCUGCAGACGGAGCUGCAGGACAGCCGCGCGCUCGUCCAGGAGAAGGAGGGCGCCAUCCAGACACUCAGGAGCAAACUGCGCGAGUCAGAGAAGAGAGCUUCUCCUGCUGCAGAAGAUCUGGAGAAUCUGAAAAAGAAGCUGUUCCAAAUGGAGGUGAAGUUCACUUCAAUGUCAGAAGAACACAAACAAGAGAUCCAGAAAAUGAGCUCAAUGUUGAGCAUUAAGGAGGACUCACUGAGGAGGCUGAAGGAGGAUCUGAGGAGGGCCCAGCAGCGGGGGGAGGAAUCAUUUCUGCAGGGUGAGGAUCUUCAUGCAAAGCUGACGAACCCCAAAGGUCUGGUGGUCCGGAGCAGCAUUCUGCUGGAAAAGACCAAGCUGGAAGAGGAAGUCAAACAACUUCAGCUGAAAAUCACUGAGCUGGAAAGCUUGGUGUCCAGUCAGCAGGCAGAGGUCGCCAAGUGGAAGAACAGAGCCAUCAAACUGAAGAACAAAACUGAGAUGGACGAGCCCCCGUUGCCUAGCACCACCAGCAAGAGGCCUCCCCCCAUGACUGCAGAUUUCAACACCCUCUUGUGCUCGCCCAAGAAGAUCCUGCUGACUUCCAACAAGAUGCUGGCCUCGCCUCUGAAGGGUCCCGAGUCUCCCAGCAAACCUCUGGACUCGCCCAAGUCCUCGCUCUUCAGAUCGCCCAAGAGCAGGUUCUUUGACGCGGGCGGGGCCUCCGAGGUGCUCUCCAGAAACCGUCCCAAGCAGUUCUUUGACAACUCUGCCCUGGGAACCACUCCAGAGGUUUCACUCGUUCCUGACUCGGCCUACAGCGAAAUCGAUGCUGCAGCUGGAGCCAGUGGGACAGACCCGUGGUGGCCACAGUCUCCCAAAAAAGAAGAUUUCUGCAAAACCCAAUGAACAUUAAAAGAAUCCUUUUAAAAAUGAAUAUUUCACUUUUCUUUUAAAGCCAAAAAAUAAAUCCUGUGUUUUAGUCUGACUUUUUUGUAUUUCAGUAUAAGAGUGAUUCUCCUCUGAGUUGAAAACACUUCAUGUGCAAUUUUGUUAUAAUUGUAAUAAAUGGAAAAUGAAAUGUGA